ACGCGCCACUUCUUUUCUUCCUCUUCUCUCUGUAUUUAUCCUAAAUUCAGGUUGGAGUCAAAGAAGUCAAAAAGAGAGCUAGGGGAAAGAUGCGGAGGAGGGGAGCGGUAGAGGCUUUUUGCGCAUGGAAUAGCGACGGACGCUCGCAACCCCCUCCUGUUGAGCGGAUGGUUCCGUCCGGGAGGCUUUAGGGAUCCUCGUCCAAGAAGCAGAGCGAUUGAAAAACGUCGGGCGGGUGUGCAUGGGCAUGCUGAUGAAGAGACUUUGGACCAGGCCAUGGGGGUUAUGGCGCCCCCCAGUUGCAUCAUUCACCCUCAUGGUGCUUCUCUGCCUAUUCUGGUUGAUGGGCGUAGACGAAAGCUUGGCGUUAUCGCCUAACCUCCUGCUCAGCAGCCCUUUCCAAGCAUAUCGCCUCGUGACCUACUGCCUGUGCCUCACGGAGGCGCCCUUGUUCUUCCUCAACCUGCUCCUCUUUCCGCUGCUGAGUUGGCAUCAGGAGCGACGCCAGGGCACUCUGCGCUACCUCCACUCUUCGGCACUUGGCGCUUUCGCCUCGGCCCUCCUCUACCUCCUCCUAGCAUGGCUGCAGGGUGCUCAGGCCGGCUCUGCUGUUGGGGGCUACACCCCCGUGCACCUGGGCUUGCUGGGGUGCCCCCAAGGGCGUCGGAAACAGGGGGGUCCCUGGAAGUGGGCUUCCCCUCCUCUGCUGGCUGUGCUGCUGCUGGGUCUGAGCUGGAUUCUCUCCCCCAGCUCUCCUUUCCUCCUGCAUCUGAGUGGGCUGCUCACAGGCCUGGCCUUCUGGGCCGGGGUCUUCUCCCCGCUGGAAUUAUCCGAGAGACGCCUGGAAAAGCUGCACGGCGGAAUCAUCUUUAAGACCCUCCAGGGGAGAGGCUCUUUCUUCCACUUCGUCCGGUCCCCGGCAGAACCUGCUGAAAUCCUCCCCACCGCCGACCCAGCCGCCAGGAGAGACAGGAUUCCUCAUUCUCCGGAGUCGCCAACCCAAGCGUUUCCCCCAGCAGAUUUCCCUACACAGCCUCUCUUUCUGGCUUCGCCACCUGCCUCUUACUGGAGUGGAGAAACCGCAGCGCUGGAGCAGGAAUGUAGGCAGUCAGUUGCUGCUGGUUCCCUGCCUCCCUUCCCCAUCCACCAUGGGGCUUUAGGUGCUCCUUUCUCGGCCCUCCAAGGAUCCCUGAUGGAUGAAGAGCUGCUCCAAGCCGGGAUCCAGGCUUCUCUGCAGGAUAUGGCGGAGGAAGAGGCUCCAGCAGCUCCAGAAAAUGGGCUUCCCAACCGAGCGGGCAGUUGUUGCACUGGCAGCCACAGGCCACGUGGAGGGUGCUGUCUCACUGCUGAUCGGAGGCCAUGUCGGAGACCAAGCCGUGGUGACGGCAGAGAGCCGCUCUGCUCAUCGCUAGCGACCUCCUCCAGGCACCAGCCAGCGAGUAGACAGAGGUUGGCAAGCCAGCCUGAACGGUGCCAGCGUCCAGGCCAGAAAACCAGCCACGGCCGGUGAAGUUGAGCGGCGAUUCGCUGUGGACUCAACUGGGAAGGAAGGAAAGUGAGACCCACCAUUGAAGCCAAGGCCGUCCUGCUGCUAUGGGGUGGCUGCCGUACAGCCCAGCCAGGCUGGUGCAUCACAAGGGCAAGAGUGAGAGACAAUGCACAUAUAUCAAGGGCUGCAAGUCACUUGGGAAAUCCUCCAAAAGGGGAGACCCAGUGGCUUCUUCCAUCCCAUCCUGGGGAUUCUUGGAAUAACAAAGCCAGAGGUUUCACCUGA